AUGGGCGAACAGAUGAUUCCGCCCGGACAGGGCACCAUCAUGGUUCACAGUGACGCCAUAGACGACAGCGAUACUGCAAUGGUGAAUUCUUACUUGGUUGACUGGGAUGGACCAAACGAUCCAGAAAAUCCGAUGAACUGGUCAAAGUGCAAGAAGGCUCUAUUCAUCAUGACGCUUGGGUACAUCUCAACACUCAGCCCCCUAGCAUCAUCAAUUGCGGCACCGGGAAUUGCUUCCAUCAAGUCAGAUUUCAACGUCACAGACACAUACGUUGGGGCGUUCAUGAUUUCAGGAUUUCUGAUCGGCUACUGUUGUGGCCCGUUAUUCAUUGCACCGCUUUCAGAGAUGUACGGUCGUUAUGUUCUAUACAACGCUGGUAGUCUCCUAUUUCUCAUUUUCAACGUUGCAUGCUCCGUGGCACCCAACUCGGGUAGCAUGAUUGCGUUUCGCAUCUUUGCUGGCAUAGGCGGAUCUACCCCGUUGACUCUUGGGGCUGCGUCGCUGGCAGACACAGUUCCGAGAGAAAAGAGAGGAGUUGCCAUGAUGGUCUGGACUCUUGGGCCGAUGGUGGGCCCAACCAUUGGGCCCAUUGCAGGAGGCUAUUUAUCAAAAACGAUAGGCUGGCGAUGGUCUUUCCGAGCGGUGUCUGUUGCUGCUGGAGUAGCUGCCCUCGGCACAGCAUUCUGCAUGCCCGAAUCAUACGCCCUGACCCUUCUGGAACGAAAGGCACGACGACUUCGCGUGCAGACCAGAAACCCACACCUCGAAUCUGUUCUAGCAACCCACCGUAAGCCAAAAGACCUCUUCAUGUUCUCCAUUCUUCGACCGGCGAAGAUGAUGUUUCUCUCGCCCAUUGUCUUCUGCCUUUCAGUUUAUAUGGCCAUCCUCUACGGCUACCUCUACCUGCUUUUCACAACCUUCCCCCAGGUUUUCAAGCAGCAGUACGGAUUCUCUCAAGGGUCAGCGGGGUUGGCGUACAUCGGCAUCGGUUUUCAGCCGGAAUAUCGACUGCCGCCCAUGCUUAUGGGUGCUAUCCUAGUCCCCAUAGGACUGUUUUGGUAUGGUUGGACUGCAGAUAAACAGCUUCAAUGGAUGCUACCUAUCAUAGGAACAGCCAUCCUAGGAUGCGGGAUUGUUAUAGUCCUGAUGUCGAUCUCGACUUAUCUGGUUGACGCAUUUACGACAUACGCUGCAUCAGCCAUGGCAGCCAGCACAGUCACCAGGUCAUUGUUGGGCGCAUUCUUGCCCCUGGCUGGUGACCGGUUGUAUCAGAGCCUUGGGCUCGGAUGGGGAAACUCGCUCCUCGGCUUCAUUGCUUUCGUCAUGAUUCCAAUCCCUUUAGUAUUCUACAGAUACGGUCAGGUCAUCAGGCAAAUGAAACUCUUCGAGACCGAGUUCUAG